AAUCUGAAAAGACAACCGUGCUCGGUUAAACCCCAUUUGUCAUUUUCUGUAUGAUUAUCUUUUAAAGAAAGAGUCUUUAGUAGCCAUUGUUAAAAAAAUUAUGUGUUUUCUGCUACAUUAAUUGUCAGUUUGGCUUGCCCGGAAACUAAAUAUGUGAGGAGCUCUCGGUUUGAAUCCCUCCACCUGCACUCUUCAUAUAUUUGCUUGCAAAAGCAAAGGUAGCCGUUGCAGAAGCAUGGAUGCGGUCCUGAGCAGGUUGAAAGGUCUCAGUGCCGAUGAGCUGCGGGAGGAGAUCCUUAAAGCCAACCUGAAGUGUGGCCCCAUCACUGCCACGACAAGAGCCAUAUUUGAGCGGAAGCUCGCCAGGGCUUUGGUGGAGAAAGCUGGAGUUACCGAACCUGACAGCAAUGGUUCCUCCGCGGGAACGGGUGAUUCUGGGAGCGUCACACCGACCAAACAGCCGACCGGUGCCACAUUGACGGGCACAGAUUCGGAUGGGGAUUUUGGGUACGGUAUGGGUCUUAACCCACCAGAGGAGGAAGCUCUGAUGGAGCGGAGUGGAAUUGCGUGCUCCUCUAAUGUGGAGAACUCGCAGUCUGAAGCACAGACUCCCUCAAAAACUGCACAGGUGUCACCUACCUCAUUUUACGGGGUGUGUCCUUUAUGGGAGGAUGUCCUGGCGAGGAACGAAAGAGCCCAUGUGUAUACAGAUAAGAAAGAGGCUUUGCAGGCUGUUAAAAUGAUGAAGGGGGCCCGAUUUAAAGCUUUCGCCAAUCGUGAGGCUGCUGAAAAGUUUGCCAAAGGCAUUUGUGACUACUACCCCUCACCAAGUAAAAGCACCCCAUGUGUGUCUCCCAUCAAACCCGGUCUGGUGUUUGGUAAAGACCACGCAUCUUGCGCAGAGUCGGACACGAUCAACAGGGAGAAAGCGAACAGUUUCAAGAGCCCUCGGACGCAAGAUUUGACUGCCAAACUGAGGAAAGCUGUGGAGAAGGGAGACGAGAUAACCUUUUCUGAGCUUGUCUGGAGCAACCCUCGGUACCUUAUCGGGUCCGGAGACAACCCUACCGUAGUUCAGGAGGGAUGCAGGUAUAAUGUCAUGCAUGUGGCCGCUAAGGAGAACCAGCCGGGCAUCGUCCAGCUCCUGCUGGACACCAUGGAGAACCCAGAUUUUAUGCGGCUCAUGUACCCGGACGAUACGGACAGCAUGCUGCAGAAACGCAUCCGAUACAUUGUGGACCUGUAUCUCAAUACUCCAGACAAAGCGGGGUUUGAGACGCCUCUCCACUUUGCGUGUAAGUUUGGCUGCCCAGAUGUGGUGAAUAUACUCUGUUCUCAUCCUGACAUUGACAAACACUGCAGGAACAAAUACGACCAGAAACCCUCUGAGGUUGUUUGUGAAAGAAUGAAAGAAAAGGGUAAAAGUCAAGAGGUCAAGCAGAAGAUAAAUGAAUAUUUAGAAGAUCGGUUAUACAUACCGUUAUUGAGAGCCACUGAUAACUCCUCCCAACCUGUCAUUGGUGCUCCUUGGUCCCCUGAGCCAAUGGAAAACCUGUCACCACGGUUACCGAGAAGCCCAAAGGAUCCAGUUAUGGCAGUAAGGGCCUUUGCUGGGCCUUUAAGUCCAUCUAAAGCUGAUGAGUUCAGACGGGCGUGGAAGACACCUCCCAGAGAACGAGCGGAUCAUUUUCACAACAUUUUAAAAUCAGACCCAGACCGUGGUGCAGAAAGAGUUGGCCGAGAUCUGGCCCAUGAGCUCGGUCACUCCUGGGCAGAAUACUGGGAUUUCCUGGAUAGUUUUGUGGACUUGUCAUCUGCUGACGGCCUGAAAAUGCUUGAGGAGUACCUCAGUAAAAAGGACUUCAGGGAGCGCAAUUACCAGGAAGCGGGAGAGAACGAAACUAGCAACAGGUUUAAAACCCCAUCUCCAGGCAAACUGAAGAAGUUCUGUAACUCCAUAUCCGUGGGUGCGUUUCUAGACGAGGGUGAUGACAUCAGUCUGGAAGAGAUCAAAAACAGACAGAAUGCUGCUCUCACCAGCAUCUCUUCAGUCUGCUCCAAAGAUGGCCUGCAGGGGGCGGUAGGAGGAAUAGAGUUUCACAUCCUACCCGUAUCGCACAGCGCCGAUCUCAUAGAGGCUGCGGCGGAGCAGGAUCUGCUGCUCUCUGAUAAAACUUUAAUCUCCAGCAGUAAAAAUGGCAUGUGUGAGCACGGCCCCGGAGACAGGACUCCGAACGGGGACAAAAUGUCCCCUCGUAUCUGCAGUGGCUCCAAUUCCUGUAUGCUGUCACCCAUCUCAAACCUAAUGGCGGAGUUUGAGAGGAUGUCCCUCCACGAUGAUCUAGACAGGACCAACCGGGAAAGGAGGAGGAGCGGGGGCAAACGCAACCGGGACGCACAACCCACAGAACUCACUUCCGGGUUGGUCCGCCUCUCGUUGACGUCCGAUGAUGACUCUGUGUUUGAUAAAAACAGGACGUCCCUCGUGGAGAACGAUGGAGUGGAGACGAGAAAUGAAGAAGAGGGGAGGUCCAGUGCGAGUUCAGAUGAAUACUAUCUAGCUAACGAAAGGCUCGAACUUCUGAACCAACGGAUUGCAGAGGCAUCGGGGGGAGAGCGCACUUUCUGUGCCAGAUCGAAGUCAUGGGAUCAUGGGGGGGGAGACCUCAGCUCCUCGGGGUCCUCCAGUUCUUAUAGAUCUUUAGAUGGCUCUCAGGAUUUCAUACUGAGGACUCCUCCCAGAGUGACAAAUAAACUUUUCAUAGAAGGAGAUUCACCCACUAAGCUGGACAGGGAGGUUUUGUUGGCAUUAGGAUCCACAGAUGUUGAAUCUCUGAAGUAUCCCAGCAUUCACAAAUGGAAGAGCACAGUUCAGACAUACACUCAGUCAGAAAUGCAAAGCUGGCAAACUCCUUCUCUGCACAAGACUCAUUUCAGGGCUCCGCCCAUAACCCCUGGCUCACCAGUGAGCAGUUUGAGGUCCCCUGCAAGCCGGUUCAGCCCGGCCCGUCACGUGGGCUCACCAGACAUCUGCAGCCCUGGACGCUACAGCCCGGCACACUCCAACUACAGCCCCGCCCAUUCAAACUAUAGCCCUGUCAGCUACAUCCAACGCAUCCGCCUUAAACAUUUCGGUGACGCCCCUAUUUAAUAAACACUCUCCGUUCUGGCAAGUCACACCCUGAAUUUCUACCAGUCAAUAACUGCCUGAAAUAACAAAUUUUAAGUCCAGCACGGGCCGUUUCAAAGGAUGCAAUGCCUCGGAUGUCAUUACGGACGUUGAAGAGAGAUUUGUAUCUGCUCGGGCUGGACCGCUAGUGCCGUUCAAACCUCUAGUAGGAUCUCACAACAGGCUAGACUCCAGUUUGUAUAGUCAAAGAUUAUCUGAGUUGUGUUCAGCACUAGAACAUGCACAUCAUCUCCCAGGGGUUCCCGAAUCACUUUCGGUACUGAUGGUCAUAUAGACCUUUUAUAAUAUUUUGUGUUUUCUAUUUUCUUUCUUAUCUGUGUGUGUGUAUGUAUGCUUGGGAAAUUUACAAAGCCGUGUUAUUAAUAAGAGUAACUUAAAUCGGGCACACAGUAACCCAGAGCUCAAUGAAUAAUUUGAUAGUAAAUUAAUGAAUUAUUUUUUGUUGUUAAUUGUCAGUAGCACAAAAUAUACUCAAUUUUAAUGGGUAUUUGUUUUUAAGAAAGUCAAUCGACUGCCAGAUGUUUUUAUUCUUUAAUGGGGGACUGCCUUAAAUUUCUCAAAAGAAAAGACCAAGUGAAGUUUCACAACAUUCAUGAUUUGUUAAUAGCAGCCUUAGGUGUAAAAAAAGAGAGGUCUAUAACGGAAGGAAUGUGAAAUAUUCCCCUUUUAUUUGUUAAAUUCAAUAAAUGUGAUAAUAAUUUCUAAGUACAUUUUUGUUUUGCACUUUUUAUUUUUUUAUGGUUUGGUAUAAAGACAACUUGAGCUGUACUACAUCUAAACACUAAGGGGUGGUUUUCCAGACAGGGCUAAAGUCUUGUCCAAGACUAAAAUGCUUGUUUGAGUCCUCUUAACUGAAAACAUCUUAUAUUAUAUAUCUUAACAUAUAUCAGUGCCAUUGGUUUGUCUUAAGAUGCACACCAGUAUUGUUUUUGUAAGGUAUGUUUGUAAAAUCGACUUAAAUGUUCUAGUAUAACUAAGGCCUAGUCCUGGAUUAAUCUAAACCCCAUCUGGGAAACCGCUCCAAAAGAACUGAUAAGUAUGGUAUGAUAAGUACAAACUUGUUAUAUUAAUGUCACAAUAGCUGUAAGACCUACAUGAAUGUGGAUUUUAAGUGUUGUAAAUGCACCGUACAUCGUCUCUCAUUUCAUAAAUAAUAGCUGAAACCUUAACAGAUAAAUCAUGUCAUUCUCUUAUUGCUUUUAAAAAUCGAUUUAUAUACAAAGUGUGAAACAAAGGACCCCAAUUGUGACAUUAGGAGCAUCUAAGUCAAUAAUUUCGUGCACAGUCAAUAUUAAAGAAAUCAAGGUUAUAUAUUUCACCUUCAUUAAGGAUUUUAUGUAAUCACAAUGACCUUGUCGGUUUUGACGUGCAGGGUCACAAAUGAAACCAUUGCACAGAUGUAUGGUGAUGGAUCGUGGUACUUGCACAUAAAAUUUGUUUAUUGGUGUA